CUGGAAGGUACUCAGAAUGCCAAUGAUCAGAAUAUUUCAGCUGAUAUUCUCGCAGAGUCCAAAGAAAUAUUCUGGAAAUGGGCUGAUCCCGGGAUUCAGAAGGUGAUACGUCGUGAAAUCACUUACGUUUCACCGGUACAUCAACGAAAAGGUAUCGCCAAGUACCUACUACACUUGGGACUCGAUUUUGAUGACUUGAAGAAGAAAGGUUUCCAUGGAAUCACAUCAGAAGCGUCAUCAUUGGCGAAUCAGAAGCUUUUAGAGAAAAAUGGAUAUGUAUGUAUAGGACGACCGGAAUAUAAACUCCACAUGCACGAUGGUAAUGAAGGAGUAAUGGUGUUCUUCAAAGAUUUGAGAUAA